AUGGAGUCUCUCAAUGUCCAGGGAGCCAAUGUUACAAGGGUGACACCGACAGGCCGCAUUGAAGAUGGCGGAGACUUCACCGACUUCUACAACCUUCCUGAGGAGAUGGACGAGUUUACCAGGAUGGAGCUUCAAGCGUCGCAGGAUGAGGAAUUGGCCAGAUUGUUGCAAGAACAAGAGCAUAAGAGAACAAAAGCCGAGAUUGAUCAAGAAAAACUACGGAAGAUUGAGAUUCAGGAUGAACAGCUGGCAAGAGUUAUGCAAGAACAAGAGAAACUUCGGCUGAAAAAGGCCAAACAAAAGAACCUGACUAAAAAAGAUGCUAAAAGGCAAGUAUCUACAGAAUCUCUGCCACUUGGAGCUUCUGCUAACACUCUGAACCAACAGAAGCCGCAGCCACAACCUAAUGCAGUGUCAGCAGCUGUGCCUAUAAACACCACUGGGCCCAAUAGCCGCUACCGCCGCAACAGCUACACCCAGGCAUUUGACUCACCUCCUUCACCCCCUCACUCUCAACCCCCACAGAGACAGACAUCAGACAGACCUGAUCAGCCUCUGGGACAGCAAAGAAGCCAGCCUGAUCCUAGUGUUGUGUCUACCAGCUAUAGCCAUACAAGCCAGCAAUACAUGAAAGCUCAAAAGAUGAUGUCACCACCACUAUCCUCAUCAGUGUCCAGUCCUAGAUCUGCUUACAUCGGUCCCGGAGGGGGACUGUCCACACUGGAGUCAGCCAGACGGAUAGCAGCUGGCGAUCCAGAGAGGAUCAUGGCACUGCAGAAUUCACAAAACACGGUUAUCAGCACAAGAGCAGGGUCCUUGCAGGACCGCCAUGUUAACCCACGUGACGCCUCAAGCACAAUGGAUAUUAUCCGAGCCCACAGCCACCAUGGAAACACAACAAGAUCAGUCGCCGGCAUCUCGGAUCCUCGUCAAAUUGGGAGACUUCCUCUGACUGAUGCCAGCCCACUCACUCAACCGCACACAGCCGGUGAUGCUCCUGUUGGCGCCGAACUGAGAGAUGCGGACGCAACGGAGGUCCUUAAGUGGCUUACUGCACAUGAUAGUGCAUAUGACGGUACUAACAAGCAGCCUGCAAAUCAAAAAGGGCAGACCCCACAUCAGCACUCUUCUCGAUCUGGUUCUGGAAGCUGUUACACAGAUGAAGAAGAAGACCCUCACCACGGUUCUUACCCAAAUGGUUCAGCAGGGUUUAACAUUGCUACAGCCAUUGAUCCGACUUACCAGCGCAGACACCCCGAGGCCUGCUACUCCGAGGAAACACACCUUAAAUCUCAUAUCCCAUUCUCACGGUCUUUACCACAAACUG